ACCGCCCGCCCGCCCGGGAGCGGCACCGGCACCGCCCGCUCCGGUACCGGCCCCGGGGAUCACCGGCCCCGCCCGCCCCGCCCGGUACCGCGCCGCCACCGGCCCCACCAUGAUGAAGUUUCGGUUCCGGCGGCAAGGUGCGGACCCGCACCGCGACCGCCUCCGCCAUGAUCUUUUCGCUUUCAGUAAGACGGUGGAGCACGGCUUCCCCAGCCAGCCCAGUGCUCUGGCCUACGACCCUGCCCUGCGUGUGAUGGCCAUUGGCACCAAGGCAGGAGCCGUCAAGCUAUAUGGUGCACCAGGUGUGGAGCUGACUGGCUUGCACAAGGAGGUGGCCACAGUCACCCAGCUGCACUUUCUCCCUGGUCAGGGCUGGCUGCUCUCCUUGCUGGACGACAACACACUGCACCUCUGGGAGGUCUGCCAGAAGGAUGGCUGCUCCCACCUGGAAGAGUCUCGCAGCUUUGGCCUCCCGGGACGCCCAGGGUCCGACAGUGCUAACUGCUCCCCUGGCAUCACACGGGUGACAGUGGUCUUGCCGACGUCAGCCUGCACGGUGGCCUGCCUGGGCACUGAGGGUGGUGCAGUGUAUUUCCUCACCCUGCCAACUCUGGUGCUGCUGGAAGAAAAAACCCUCUUCGCAGAUGAGAUCCUGCAGAGCGUUCCUGAUGACUACCGUUGCGGGAAGGCACUGGGACCAGUGGAAUCCAUCCAGGAGCACCCUCAGGACAGCAGCAGGCUCCUCAUUGGGUACAGCCGGGGUCUGGUGGUCCUCUGGGAGCAGAGCACACGUGUUGUCCAGCACCUCUUCCUGGGAAACCAGCAGCUGGAGAGCCUGGCCUGGGAACAGAGUGGGAAGAGCAUCAUCAGCUCCCACAGCGAUGGUGGGUACAUGGUGUGGGCAGUAAGUGAUGCCAGCCAGAAGACACAGCAACCUGUCAUGUCUACCAUCCCCUACGGUCCAUUCCCUUGCAAAGCCAUCAGCAAAAUCCUCUGGCAGACCUGUGAGUCAGGAAACCCCUUCAUCAUCUUCAGUGGAGGAAUGCCACGGGCCAGCUAUGGUGACCGGCACUGCGUCAGCGUGCUGCAGGGCCAGACACUGGCCACGCUUGACUUCACAUCCCGUGUCAUCGACUUCUUCACUGUGCAGAGCCCUGGGGCCACCGUGGGAGGCUUUGAGAAUCCUCGUGCCCUCGUGGUGCUGGUGGAGGAAGAGCUGGUAGCUAUUGACCUCCAGACACCAGGCUGGCCCACCAUCCCUGCCCCAUAUUUGGCACCACUCCACUCCUCUGCCAUUACCUGCUCCUGCCAUGUCUCCAACGUGCCCCUCAAGCUCUGGGAGAGGAUUGUCAGUGUUGGAGAGCAGCAGAGCCCCCGGCAGUCCUCUGCAGCUUGGCCCAUCGAUGGAGGGAAGAACCUGGCCCAGGAGCCCACACAGAGGGGGCUUCUCUUAACAGGGCACGAGGACGGCACAGUGCGGUUCUGGGAUGCCUCGGGGGUCUCCCUGAAGCCCCUCUACAAGCUGGGCACAGCCAACAUCUUCCAGACAGAUUGUGAGCACAACGACAGCCUCAACCAGGCAGGCGAGGAGGAGUGGCCUCCUUUCCGCAAGGUGGGCUGCUUUGAUCCCUACAGCGACGACCCACGCCUCGGUGUGCAGAAGAUCGCUCUCUGCAAGUACACGGCCAAGAUGGUGGUGGCUGGCACAGCAGGGCAGGUGCUGGUGAUGGAGCUGAGUGAUGAGAAGUCAGAGCAUGCAGUCAGCGUGGCCACAGUGGACUUGCUGCAGGACCGUGAAGGCUUCACCUGGAAGGGCCACGACCGCCUGGCCCCCAGGAACGGGCCCCUGCUCUUUCCCCCUGGCUUCCAGCCCAGCGUGCUGGUGCAGUGCGUGCCCCCAGCUGCCGUCACUGCUGUCACCCUUCACUCUGAGUGGAACCUCGUGGCCUUCGGCACCAGCCAUGGCUUUGGACUCUUCGACUAUUACCGGCGCAACCCUGUGCUGGCCAGGUGUACGCUGCACCCCAACGACUCGCUGGCCAUGGAGGGGCCUCUGUCCCGUGUGAAGUCCCUCAAGAAGUCCCUGCGGCAGUCCUUCCGCCGCAUCCGCAAGAGCCGGGUGUCGGGCAAGAAGAGGCUCAGCACCAGCAGCCCCUCCAGCAAGGUGCAGGAGGCCAACGCGCAGCUGGCCGAGCAGGCAGGACCCCCUGAGGUGGAGAUGACACCCGUGCAGCGGCGCAUCGAGCCCCGCUCGGCUGACGACUCGCUCUCAGGGGUUGUGCGGUGCCUCUACUUUGCUGACACCUUCCUGCGAGAUGCUGCCCACCACGGCCCCACCAUGUGGGCGGGGACCAACUCCGGCUCCGUGUUCGCCUACGCGCUGGAGGUGCCCUCGCAGGAGAAGUUCUCGGAGCGGGCGGUGGAGGCUGUGCUGGGGAAGGAGAUCCAGCUGAUGCACCGGGCACCGGUGGUGGCCAUCGCAGUGCUGGAUGGGCGGGGGAACCCCCUGCCUGAGCCCUACGAGGUCUCGCGGGACCUGGCCAAGGCCCCUGACAUGCAGGGCAGCCAUUCUAUGCUCAUCUCCUCUGAGGAGCAGUUCAAGGUCUUCACACUGCCCAAAGUGAGUGCCAAGACCAAGUUCAAGCUGACAGCGCAUGAGGGCUGCCGGGUGCGGAAGGUGGCCCUGGUCAGCUUGGCCAGUGCCAGCUCUGAGGAGAGGUUGGAGAACUGCCUGGCCUGUCUCACCAACCUGGGUGACAUCCACAUCUUCACUGUGCCAGGCCUGCGGCCACAGGUCCACUAUGGCUGCAUCCGCAAGGAGGACAUCAGUGGCAUUGCCUCUUGCGUCUUCACCAAGCAUGGCCAGGGUUUCUACCUAAUCUCUCCGUCCGAGUUCGAGCGCUUCUCGCUGAGCGCCAGGAACGUGACGGAGCCGCUGUGCCGGCUGGACGUCACCCGGCUCCAGGACACCUCCUGCUUCAGCAACAGCUCUGCGGUGACACCGAAGCUGCCGCAGGCAAACGGCACUCACAUCCCGCACAGCCCCGAGGGCCGGCCCUCACCCACCGACAGUGACCGGUCCCCAGAGGAGCACCUAGCUGCCUUCUCACCUGGUCCCAUUGACUCACCCAACAGCAGCUUGGAGAACCCUCUGGACACCACUGGGGACAUCACUGUGGAGGAAGUGAAGGAUUUCUUGGCGUCCUCAGAAGAAGUGGAGAGGAACCUGAGGAACACCAGUGAGGAUGAGGCUCGGCCUACAGGGAUCCUCAUCAAGUGAGGCGUCGGCAGCCUCUCUGGCCCAUCUCAGUGCUCGGAUUCCCGGGACGCGCGACUCGACUGGACCCCCCUGUGCCCCCUCCCUGCCUAACGUAGAUUUGCCUCUUCUCUAACAUCCGCGCUGCCCGCCGGCGCGCCCCGACUCCGGCACAUCCCCCUGCACCCCCCUGCCCACUCACCCCCGCACCGGCCCUGAGCCGGGGAGGGGCCAUGAUGCACAAACUCUUCCCGGGGAAGAUAAUUGUCCUUUUUAUACACGGUCAAGUGUCACUGUCCCCUGCUCCAGAGAGCCCUUCCCGAGGGCUGCUGCUUCCCAGCUCCACGGGAAGGCCUGGGGCUUGUGGACCCUCUUGGUGUCCACCCUGGUUUUGGUCCCUUAGGGAGGUGGGGGGGCUGGGACCCCUGGGAACAACCCCCCUGUCCCUUGGUCUGUGUUUACAUUCCUGGCCCCUGCAGUUUACAGCCCUCUCCCCAGCCUACCAGGAGACUCUGGCUGCCACACAGGGGCUGUCCCCUUCCCAGGGGAGCCUGGCAAGGGAUCCCCCUGGCUCCCAGGUGAGCACCAGAGGGCUUGAGGAACAUGGGGAGGGGUCACAGGUGGCCUUUUUCUCUUUGUGACUUCUCCAAGGGCUAUUCUGCAGGUUGGGCUUGGUGCCUGCUGCUCCUUUCUGACACUAAUUCCUGCCACGGGUGUGUUUGGGUUGGGAUCAUGCUGCAGAUGGCAGGGGACACCAGCUCCUGGCCCUGGUCCAUGCUGGUGCUGUGAGGCGGGGAGCAGAUAGGCCUGCCCCAGGCCCCUCCUCCCCAACCCUGGGGGGUUCUCACUGUGCCAAACUACCCUCUCUGUGUUCCCCAGCCCAGCCUCAUCCUGAAGGGGACUGUGGUGAUGCUGGCUCUGUCCCCGUCUUAUGUGGCUCCAGGGCUCAGCUUAGCACCUGCUCCUCUCCUUUUGGGGCUCUGGGGACAUUUUGGACUCUCCCACCCUGGGCUCUUUUGCGGUACAUGGGUGGCUGGGGCGGGGGGGAUGGGCCAGGCCCCAUCGCUGCCUGCCAAGGCUGGGGCUGUAGUGCCCCUGGUAGAACCCCCACCCCACCCCCACCCCUUCCACACCUCAGCCUUUUUUUUUCUUUUUUUUUUCUUUUUUUUUUUUGGUAAGAUGACUUUAGCAUUGUUUAGUUAUUAAAAAUACUGGUUUUUAAUAUUGAAAAUAAAGCAUUUAAUAUCA